AUGGAGGUGGUUGUGGAACUUCAAAAAUAAAUCCGUAAUAAUCAGAAAUCUAAAAACCAGACAAUUCAGAUCAUUACAAUUUCUUUAAGAAAUUCAAAUUUUUAUGUUGAGAUAAUUUGCACUAAGGCUGUGGUUGCUGCUGAUUAGUCAGAGAAUUAACAAAUAAUGAAUGCUCUACAAUGGUUUUGUUUUUAAGAAGAAAAUAUUUACAAUCUUAAUAAGAAUGCUGAAAGUGUAGUGAAAUCAUACGAUUAAAUUUUAGAGGGAAUCAGAAAGUUAUUGAAAAGCUGUUUGAUCUACAUUAGGACAGAUUCAUUUAAAUUUUUAUAUAUCAUAUAGACAACAGCGUCUCUAUCUAAAGUUAUAUUUAGCUUCCAUAUGCUAAAGAAGAACAGAUUUAUGAAAUGUGAUUUGUAACAGGAAUUCUUGGACAUUUCUGAUGAACUAAUAUAAAAUAUGGAAAUAGAGAAGAACGAUUUGAUUCAAUGGAAGUCUAUCUUUUCUUGA